AUGGGUCGUGCAAGAAUAACCUUGAAACAUAUCUCAAAUGAGAGAUCUCGCAAGACGGUGUCCAAGCAGAGAAAGAAAGGGCUAAUUGAGAAAGUCUCUAAAUUUUCCACCAUGUUUGGAGAUGAAGCAUGUUUGAUUGUGUAUGAUGAUGAAAAUGGUGAUGUUGGACCUGUGACUUGGCCUCAACACCCCACACUGAUACACGCCAUCAUUCAAAAGUAUUAUGAGAUUCAAUCAAAGAAUGAGAGGCCUCAAGAGACUUUUGUUAUUCAAGAUUUUUUUGCAAAUAGGAAAAAGAUGGUUGAGGCUGAUAUUUCUAAAGUGCAAAAACAGAUUGCCAGCAUCAAGUAUCCAACUUGGGAUCAAAGUAUCAGAAACAUCAAAGAGGAGAAAUUGAGGGGCCUCAUUGCUCAUGUGGAUUCUAAGAUUAGAGGUUAUGAUCAUAGAAUUAACAUGUUGAAAAACAAGCAUCAGAGUGAAGCCAAGUUCAGUUUCGUGCAAAACAUGGCUCAAGCAAGUGGUUUCUCCAACCAUCCAAGUCAAAUCCUCCUUAAUGAUGACAAUAGGAGGGUGAAUUUUACAAAUUCAAUGGAUCAGUUUGAUGGAGCUUGUAAUUAUGGAAUUAAUAAUAUGAUGAGAAACAUGCAACAAGGUGAUGCUUGUUUUAGUUUUGUGCCAAACAUGGCUCAGGAAAGUUCUAAUGCUACCUCCUCACAUGUCUCACAUCCAAGCCAACUCAAUUGCUUGCAAAACAUUUCUCAAAGCCAACCUGUGCUUGAAGCUUUAAAGCCUCUUAGUGAUAAGAAUGAGAUAGUAGAUUCUAGUAAUCAAGUUGAUGUGCCUCUGUAUUCAACUAAUCAACUUGGUGAGUCUAUAGACUAG